AAAGGGUCUGUGCCCAUGGAAGGUUUGACCACGUCAAGGAGAGAUUUUGGGCUUCACAAAGUGUUACCAGUGAAGAUCUACCAGCCCGACCAAUUCGUCCCAAGUGAAGAGAACAUGGAUUUGCUCACAACAUAUAAACAAGAUUACAACCCAUACCCUGUCUGUCGAAUGGACCCCAUCAAGCCUCGGGACAGUAAAUAUCCAUGUGGUGACAAGAUGGAGUGUCUGCCUACUUACAAAGCUGAUUAUUUACCCUGGAACCAACCAAGACGAGAGCUAUUUCGUCCGGAACACCAUUACCGACCAGCAUCAACCAGGUUUGAUAGUAGAACUACACACCAGGAUGACUAUUCUGUAAAGGGCCUAGUGAGCACCAUGAGCUGUAAGCCUCUGGCCAUGCCCAAGCUCUGUAACAUCCCCCUGGAGGAUCUGACUAACUACAAGAUGAGCUAUGUGGCCCACCCGAUGGAGAAACGCUUUGCGUAUGAGGCAGCGAAGUUCAGUCCCUGUGAAAUGCCCUUUGAAAGCCUUACCACCCAUAAAGAGUCUUUCCGGGGCCUGAUGGGAGAGCCAGCCAAGAGUCUGAAACCUCCAGCCAGGUCCUGUGGUUUAGAAACGCCUUUCUCUAACACCACUGAGUUUAGAGACAAGUACCAAGCUUGGCCAACGCCCCAGAUGUUCUCCAAAGCUCCUGUCACUUAUGUCCCUCCUGAAGAAAAGAUGGACCUUCUGACAACAGUGCAGGCCCAUUACAUGUACCCUAAGGGUGCCCCAGCUCAGUCCUUCCGGCCAGUGAUCUCAGUCAAGAAGGGUGGCCGCUUUGAAAGCUCCACUACCACCAAGGACGACUACAAGCAGUGGCCGGGGACGCGCAUGGAGCCAGCCAAACCCAUUCCCCAGCUGAACAUUCCCACUGAGCCCUUGGACUGUCUGACUACCACGCGGGCUCACUAUGUGCCCCACCCACCCAUCAAUACCAAAAGCUGUAAGCCUCCUUGGGCUGGCUCCCGAGGAAAUAUCCCUGUGGAGGGCCAGACCACAUACACCAUGAGCUUUACUCCCAAGGACAUGGGCAGGUGCCUGGCUUCAUACCCUGAGCCUCCUGGCUACAUUUUUGAGGAAACGGAUGCUUUGGGGCACAAGAUAUACAGGCCGGUCUCCCGGACAGGCUCUCAGCAGGGCAGCCGUCUUUCUGUAGGUGAUUCGGAAAACCCCAACCAGCGAGAGUUGGCAGUGUCAGCCUGA